AUCUAUAUAUAUUAUUUCAUAUACAUUCUGAAUAAAACAAAUCUGACAAAAGUAUCUACAAAUGUGUUUAACAAGAUCAUUAUUAAAAUAGUUGCUAGUUUACAUUAUUAUUACUUCUACACAAAAAAGUCAUUUUUGUUUUUAAUUACGUAGACCGGCACAUAUUUAACUAGGUCUUGGGCCUAGUUUCGAGGAGCUCCUCGACCUACUCUGACUCGGGGCUUAAGCCUGUGUGCUUUUCAGUGAGCACCCAGAUCUUAUUUUUAUCUAAUUUAACAUAUCGAUUUGAUAUUUUAUGUAUGUUUGUGGUGUGAAAUGGUUUCAUUAUUUUUUCUCCUUUUUUUCCCAAAGUAGAGAUUGCGUCCGUGUCAUCUACAGAUAAGUCAGAAACAAUAAAACAUUGUUUAUUAUUCUCCUCUGCGUUUUACAAAUACAUUACAGCUUAGAGAUGUUUUUCUCAAACCCAGAACUUGGCUUAAGCCGUUUGUAGCACCACGAACCAUAAAUCAAUGUGACACAAUACCGGUGUGGAAUUUUCAUGUUUGACAAGCUAGCUACUAGCUAGCAUACUAGCUAUGUGGGUCGUCGCAUUACUGUGUAUGCAACUAUGUGGAAACUUUGGUAAAAUACAUUCUGAUGCUGUGUAUACCUAAUUCACCAGAGAGUCAAGGUAGCUACUUGUAAUGUAAAGGUCGUGUUGUUAAGUAGAAUGACUACAUUUCUCAACCAGAUGGCUAGUAUAAUCUAGCAGGCAGCCAUAUCUGAAUUGACCCCCACGGAGAAAAGGAUGCAUUUGGCAGAUUUCGCUGCUGGCUCGGUUGGUGGAGCCUUCGGAGUGGCAGUGGGCUAUCCUCUGGACACCAUUAAGGUGAGAAUACAGACACAGAGGAGAUUCACAGGAGUUUGGCAGUGCAUUCGGACCACGUGGAAGACAGAGGGGGUUAAUGGAUUCUACCGGGGAAUGUCCAUGCCGGUCACCACCGUGUCCAUCAGCUCCUCCGUAGUGUUCGGAGUCUACAGGAAUGUCCUGCAGUGCUUUCGUAAACUGCGAUCGUCCUCAGCGCGUUUGGACUUACUGCCAGCCAAGGUGUCCGUGAUGGCCCCGGCGGACAUAGUGAAAGUACGGAUGCAGUGCCAGAUGGUACACCAGGGCAUGGACGCUCAGCAACCCAAGUACCGCGGUCCAGUCCACUGUCUGCUGACCAUAGCACGCAAGGAGGGCAUCCUGGGACUGUACAAAGGAGCUGGCGCUCUCGCCCUGCGCGACGGCCCUUCUUUUGCCACCUACUUCACAGUUUACCAUGUCAUUUGUGAGCAGCUGUCGCCACCUGGGGAGAGCCGGCCAGAGUGGAAGGUGGUUCUGCUUGCUGGUGGACUUUCAGGGAUGUGUGGCUGGUGCAUAGGGACACCAAUGGACGUGAUCAAGUCCCGUCUGCAGGUGGACGGUAUGGGGAAAAGGAGAUACAAUGGCUUCUUCCACUGCAUCGGACAGAGCGUACGAACGGAGGGGCUGGGCGUCCUCUUCAAAGGCCUGGGCCUUAAUUGCGUUCGUGCAUUCCCUGUCAACAUGUCUGUCUUUGCCAUGUAUGAAGUGGUUGUGCGUCUUCUUCGUCAGACACCUUGACUUUGUCCCGUGUGUCAUGUUCAUUGGUCACCAGUAGGACCGAAAUAGGGAUGGACUACUGGCCUGAGAAGAAACACUAAUUUAACGUAUUCAAAACGUUUAGAAAGUGUGUUCACUAAUGAGUGUCCCAGGGGUUUAAAGACUUGGAUGACAACCUUAUUUUAAGCUUGUGUACUUGAUGGGAGUUGUACUUGAAAGAUGUUUCUCAUACGGUUUUCUGUGACUGAAAUAAUCACACAAUCCGCUCUUUGUUAAUGCUCUAUCAACAUGCACCAUGGCCUUCGUUGUCGCUGAUAUGUCAGCAAUAGUGCCAAACAACUGCAAAAAGGGAAUCUACAAAUCCUCAGUAAGACUGAAAUACUACUGCCAAGUGUUUCAAGUGAAAAUGUGAAUCAAAUGUGAGGUUUAGGAGUUUAUAGAGUAUUAAAUAGUAUACAAGUAUUUAAUAUAAUACAUAUUAUAUCAUAUAUAUAUAUAUAUAUACACAAGUAUUUUAGUAUUUAAACCUUUUGUUUGAAGGGUCUUUUGCCUAAUGGUUUCCCCUCAUUAAUCUUAGUAGAAUUUAACUGGGUUGAACUUUACAUGAAGGAAUUACUUUAUUUUAGUGGUUUGUGACUACAGCUGGACAUGACUUCAUAAGUAUUAUUUCCUUAACGCCUCAUCUCAUAAAGGUACCUAGCGAUCGUGUUGAUCAUGCCUUAAGUGAUUGCACUGUUCAUAUUCCUGAGGUAGCCUAGAGGUUGUAGCUUCUGAGAAAUAACCAGAAGGUUUCUGGGUGGAAUCGCACAGCCGCCAUGCUGGAAGAUUUGGCCUCAAGCAGGGCCGCAAACCCUUAUUUAUUAAUUCAGCCCUGGACACUAAUCAUUGCAACUUGCUGCACCUUUCCAAUUAAGAAGGGCUAAUGCCCUGUUGGACUUUUCCUGUUGCAGUUUGGAAAUACGUUUAUUUAAAACAGGUCCAGGACCUGCCAGCAAACUUUGAUAUUAACGACUUGACUCUGCCACAGCAAUUUACCUCAUCAUUGGCAUUCAUGUCAGUGAAGCCUGGGAGCCGAGGAGAGGAAAUCACUCUUGCUUGUUUCUAACAACAUGUCAGUCAACUGAGAGUGCAUAUAGUGGUAGGACGUGUCAGUCCACAUCAUGGCUAAUGAGUGGGCUCAGACUGGAUGCCAUGCACUGCCAUGCACUUGGUGGACGAGAUGAGUUUCCCCUCUUCAUUAUGUAAAGGGUUUUGAGUAACUUGGUCUGUUGAAAGUUGUUGCUUCCCUAAUGUACAGACCUCAAAGUACUGGGAGUCACGGUGUGUGAUUGUAUUCUGCUGUACAUGUAAAGGCCAGUUUCAGAGAACGAUUAAGUGCAGUUUUAGACAAAAACUCCUUCAGGAUUUCCAUUGGGCUUGAUUUUAUUUUGUCCAGGACUGGAUGUAAUCUGGGGCUAUGUAAUGUCUCUAAAUGAAUAGAACUGUAAUUUGUUGGCGUCUGGAGGCACUUUUUGGGGAAUUUUUGGGGAGUGAAAGUUUGAAUUGUUUUAACGCACAGAAACAUUUCCUCAAAGUAAAUAUGGAGAUUUAAAUAAUUUUAUUGAACUGAAUAAAAGUGCACAAUCACAA